AUGACUCAAAUAAAGAAAUCAACCGCCGACAGCAAUCUGCCAACAAGACCGCUUGCAUCAUCAAGUUCUAGUGUAGGCAAUACAACUUCUGACCCAUCUACUGCCGACAUCAAAAGCUUGGUAGAACAGUGGACAGAGAUCUUCGAGGAAUGCUUGCAGAAACUUUCGGACGGUGAGCGUAAAAAGCUUCAUGCCUUUGACCGGGAGAAUCUCGCCACAAGCCUGGGGCACGAUUUCAGGGAAUGGAAACUCCCCGACUCAGUAACCAUCGAUGUCCGGCCUUUCUUCGAGCAUGCGAAGAUUCUUGUCCAAAAGCUGCAGGAGGCCUUGAAGCUACCUGGACAACAACCGCAGCUCAAAUCAGAGUUACUUGAUGGUGGCGGAUAUAUAAUCUUGUGGGUGAGUACGGUGUGGACCCUGAAAUUCGAGGCUGAGGUCGAGCAGAAUAGCAGCGCGGAUCAAGAAGCUGUCAAGAAAGCUCGAUCUCUGCUGAAAUUUGUCGUCGACCACAUCAGCAAUCUGCACACAUUGACAUCGGUCCCAUUGGAGCAAUAUAGCCGUCCGUUAACUGAGUCUUGCAUUGCAAUUAUUCAGCUGUUGUCGAUCUCCACUGUCUAUUUUGGCAAACAUGCAUUAGACCCUAAUACACUUGAAAAGAAGCUUCGGAUCCCACAAGAUCGAUUCCACCAGGAUAUGGAGGAAGCAAUAAAAGCUUUGCAAAUCAGAAUGCAGUUUUUAAGCAGUGACAGCGAGAGUAUUACGACCCAGCCAUUGGACAAAAGCGCCCUUCCCAAGUCAGAUCCUGUAUGGAUGAAUACCCCUUCGUUACAGCAUGGCCGUUUUGUGGGUCGGGAACGUGAUCUUGAGUCUGUUGAGAAAUUCUUUUCUGAUUUCCAAAGAAGUAAAGGUCCUUCGGUGGCCAUGUUCUACGGCAUGGGCGGCGUCGGGAAGACAACCCUUGCAAUGCAAUACUACGAGACACAACGGACAGAUUCAAGUUCACAUCCACGGUAUUCGUAUGGCUUCUGGAUCAACGCAGAAUCACAGUAUUCGGUUGACCAGUCCUUACAUGACAUGGCUCUUUCGCUUCGUCUUCCUGUUUCGAAUGCGCAGGAAGCAUAUGUGGAAGUGAUGCGGUGGCUCAAUACUAAAGCAAAUAAGCACCAAUGGCUUAUAGUGCUCGACAAUGUGGAUGUAACAGAUCCUGAUGAGAAGAGGAGCAAGGAGAAAAUAGAAAUGUUCCAGAAACUGAUGCCAACUGGUUCAGGCCACGUCAUAGUUACAACUCGAUACUUCUUUCAGCAUGCCAUCAUCCGAGGAUUCCACAUUUUAAAGCUGGAUCCGGAAGAAAGUCUUUUAGUCUUCAAUACCUACAGACGCUUGUACAAUUCGAGCGUUGACACUUCGACCGAAGAAGAGCACAGUCGGGAAUUACUAGAGCGAUUCGACGGUCUCCCCCUCGCAAUGAAAGUCGCCGCACGGUAUAUCAAUGACUUGGGUGGAGUGAAGAUUUUCCUUGACGAAUACGUGGCAUUAGAGGACGAAUUUCUGGAAGAAAACGAUAGCAUGUCACUCCACCAGAAGCUCAACACCAUUUGGGAACUUCCUUUUACAAGGCUCUCAAAUGAAUCAUACUCCAAUGCCCGAAAAUUGUUUGGAAUCUUGUGUCUCAUGGCUGCAGACGAUAUCCCAGUGCAAGAAUUGUUCAGUCCCAAUCAGGCUCUUGAUGCAGAUUUCAAAUUUCUCGAAAGUGGAUCGAGACUGGAGCGUAUGAAGUCUUUAAGAGGGUUGAGAGACCUUGGAUUGAUUGAUGUCGACAACCUAUCAUCCAACAGUGCAACGAUUCAUCGAGUACUCUCAGCUGCCUUUCGAAACAGCACUCACGGUCUCCAGUCUGCAGAUGCAUUACAACUUGCAGCAGAUACAGCCGCGAUUAUCUUGAAUCGCCUCUUUCCAAAGCACGAAGGAAGCAACCCCCUGUGGGAAAAAUGGGAUAUGUGCUCGAAAUACAUGAAGCAUAUAGAAGCCCUGGUGCAGAUAUUCGAAGAAUCGGAGCAAAAAUCAACAAUAACCGGGCGACGGAAGCUAAAGUCUUCGAAAGCAAUGGAUGAGCUGAUGAAAAGCUGUUCCUGGUACCAAGUUGAGCUUGGAAAGGCAAGUGGUGCUCUGAAACUUCUCGACUUCGCUGAAAAGAUCUCCUUGGACAAGGAGAGCAAAGAGUACGCCACUAUAUGUCAAGGAUACGCCUGCGUAUAUUUACAGCUCAAUCACCUCAAGGAGUGUGAGAAGUGGAACAAAGAAUGCUUGCGGAUCCGUCAAAUCCAUUUAGAUGAAAAUGACCCGGAUAUUGCCAACUGCCGAUCCAAUUUAGCUAACCUAUUCACAGCUAUUGGUCAAUUUGAAGAUGCGAGAAACUUGAUAAGUCUGGCAAUGAAGCCAUUGAGCGAGGACCGACGGGAAGACCGCUCUUACCUCGCGAUGCGAUGGAUGAUGAUGGGAAGGACAUACCUCCGCGAGCGCCAGCUUGACGAUGCUGAGAGGUGGUUUGACAAAGCACGACCCGUACUGGAAAGUCUAAACGCGGCUUUCAUGCUUCUCUUUCUGGCGGUAGACCAAGGCAAUCUUGCCCUUCAACGAAAACAGUUCCAAGAAGCAUUAAAGUACUUUGAAUCUGGUCAAACUGCAGCUGAGCGAGACCAGGCAAAACAUCCUAUUGCAGGAGUACUUUCGUAUAAGACAUCUCUUGCAUACUUCCAUCUGGGAGACUAUGCUGCAGCUAGAAAGGGGCUGGACGAAGUGAUAGAGCGGGCACGCUUGGACCACCUGAGUGGGGCGUGCAAGCUGUCUGGCCAGGAGCCGCGAGCUUUGAGACUAAAGGCUCAGAUCUUCGCUCAGGACCCAAAAGCAACGGAUGCGGAGAGAGUAGAAGUACUGGAGCUGGAAGAGAGAGCUACUAGGUUGAAGAAUGAGCUGUCAUUGACCAAUAGAGGCAUACAUGUGAAGCUUCCGGAGACCGAGCAAGAGGAAUUUGACCGCUUGCUCAGUGGUUAUUACCAGUGA